AGUCUUCAUGAAUAUUGACAUUUCCGUUUCCACCGUUAAGAGUCGCUAUUUUUCAAAAUUCAUAAUAUUUCGAUAAUUAUAGUCAAACAUUUCAAAACUUAUAUUUAAGUCAUAAUAAAUAACUAAAUAUCAACAGGAUUUGUUUAUUUCAAAUUCCAUGUAUCAAAACUGACAUUGUUAAAACUUUUAUUACCACAUUAAUUGAAAAAUAUACUCAUUAAAUCAAUUUAAAUUAUAUAAUUUAUUUUUGCUUACAAAUAAUAGUUGGGGAAAGGCUAAGAGUUUUAACUCAUAUUACCUUUUUGUUACUUCUUCUCCUUUCACUACACCUUCUCCAUCUUUUUCAAAUUACUCAACCCUUCGACUUGCUAGAUCCUCUCAAAGGAAACAAAAAAGUAACAACGUCCAUUUUACCAAAAAAAAGUAACAACGUCCAUGGCAAAUGGUGGCGGCAACAAUAACGCUGGUGGCGGCAACAACAACAACGCUGGUUGCAAUAGGACGGUGGAGUUACAACCACACCCGGUGAAAGAACAACUCCCCGGCAUUCAGUAUUGUGUCAACAGUCCUCCUCCUUGGCUUGAAGCGGUUGUGCUAGGUUUCCAACAUUAUCUGUUGAGUCUCGGCAUCACGGUUCUUAUUCCAAGUCUCUUAGUUCCAAUCAUGGGAGGUGGUGAUGCAGAGAAAGCUAGAGUUAUACAAACAAUGCUAUUUGUGUCUGGAUUAACAACAUUGUUACAUUCUUUCUUUGGAACUCGAUUGCCUGUAAUAGCUGCUGCUUCUUAUGCCUAUAUCAUACCUAUCACUUCCAUUAUUUCCUCAAGCCGCUUCACUCACUACAUUGAUCCUUUUGAAAGAUUUGUGAGAACAAUGAGAAGUAUACAAGGGGCUCUGAUUGUCGCCGGCUGUUUCCAAGUUCUUGUAUGUUUCUUAGGCGUAUGGAGAAAUAUCGCCAGAUUUCUAAGCCCACUCUCAAUUGCUCCUUUGGCAACGUUUGCCGGUCUAGGACUCUACCAAAUUGGCUUCCCUUUGUUGGCGAGGUGCGUUGAAGUGGGACUUCCCGGGUUGAUCUUACUGGUUUUAGUCACGCAGUACUUACCGCGCUGUCUGAAGAUGAAGCAAGGGGGGAUUUGGGACGGAUCAAGAUGCGAUCGUUAUGGGAUAAUGAUAUGCAUUCCAUUGGCUUGGUUGUUAGCUCUGCUACUCACAUCAAGUGGUGUAUAUAACAACAAGCCUCAAACUACUCAAAUUAGUUGCCGUACAGAUCGUAAUGGUCUCAUCUCCAACACUCCUUGGAUAUACUUACCAUAUCCUUUCCAAUGGGGAAGCCCAACCUUCCACUUCACUGAUUCUUUCGCCAUGAUGGCUGCUUCUUUCGUCACUCUCUUUGAGUCGACGGGUUUGUUCUACGCAUCUGCAAGAUAUGGAAGUGCAACUCCGAUCCCACCAUCAGUUAUUAGCCGUGGUACUGGCUGGCUGGGAGUUGGAGUGUUACUGAACGGCAUGCUUGGAGGCGUCUCAGGGAUCACUACAUCAACAGAAAAUGUUGGACUUUUGGCAAUGACUAAAAUUGGGAGUCGAAGAGUGAUACAAAUAUCAGCUGCCUUCAUGCUCUUUUUCUCCAUUUUUGGAAAGUUUGGAGCCUUUUUCGCGUCCAUACCAUUACCAAUCAUGGCGUCCGUUUACUGCAUCGUCUUGUGUUUUGUGUCUUCUGCGGGGCUUAGCUUUCUACAGUUUUGCAACCUUAACAGCUUCAACACCAAAUUCAUCUUAGGAUUUUCCUUUUUCAUGGCUAUUUCAAUUCCUCAAUACUUUAGAGAAUACUACAAUGGAGGUUGGCGGUCUGAUCAUCACUCCAGUUGGUUUGAAGAUGUGAUAAGAGUGAUAUUUAUGUCACACACAACGGUUGCGGGAAUGAUAGCAAUAGUGCUUGAUUGCACAUUGUCUCGUGAGAACGAUGAAGCCAAGAAAGAUUGUGGGCUGAAAUGGUGGGAAAAGUUCAGAUUAUACAAUCUCGAUGUCCGAAACGAUGAGUUUUAUGGUCUACCUUGCUGCCUCAACAAAUUCUUCCCUUCUCACUGAAACUUUCACAAAUAUAUUUCUUUCUAAUGUUUUAUAUAUGAUAUUUUGCCUUUUGAAUGUUUCAUUCCCUUUCUUUGUGUCACCUCAAUUUUAUAGCGUUUGUUAGAUUUUAUAACAUUUUAUUUAGUUUGUUACAUUUUGUCUUUAGUUUUUAUAUUCCAUAAAAGUUUGUACUAAUAUACUUAACAGUGUUUCAAACCGUUUAUUAGGUUUGGGGGAUUUCAAUUUUAUGAAUAUGGUUAGGUGGUGCAUAGAUUUUGUAAUAUUUGUGAAAUCACGAAAAACAAGAAAGAAACCUGAGAUUUAACACUUGCGUCAACCACCACCACUCCCUCAUCU